GUCCAUUCCAAGUAGAGUGUGUGGAAGACUGAGACUGUGAAGUGUGACUAAACAGACCGUUGUCUCACUCUCUCCAUCACCGGGGUCUGCUUUAUCUUCUAUCACGCACCGACGGACUCAUCUGGUUAACUUUUUUGUCUUUCUUUUCCUUUUCCUUUUCCUUUUAGUUUUUAUACAAUCUCCAUGAAGAAUUACGGGAAGAAACAACAAAUUCCAAAACCUGAAACAAGUCUGAGCAGUAACGGCUACGUCUUCUCUUUCCUUCUCCCGAUCUGCCAAAUGUAAGUAAAUUAUAAGGUAACAAAACCCAUGUUUUACAAGUGGCAUCGAAUUUCAGCUUUUACUCUUGUCAGUACUACAUAACCACCAGCUCCGAAGUCGCCCAAAACAUCCAUUGCUUCGUAGAUGGCGUCUCCACCCACGGACCAACUUCCACUUCGUACAGCAGCAACGACAGUGUUGACGGCUAAGCCCCAAUUUCGCAACAAAUCCUCCUCCAUUCUUACCGACGGGAUUGUUUUCAUCGGAGGAUCCAUUGCAGCGGUGCUACUCGUCUGGGCUCUCUGGUCUUUCGUAGACCAUCCCGGCCCUAGUAACUUUUCUACGUCAGUCACCGAGACAAAGACCACAACCACGCCCUCGGAGGUCUCCACCGCGAAGGAUGAUUGCGCUGUUAACCUACGCCAUGACCCACCAACUCCCAAUUUUUACGACGAUCCCAACCUCAGCUACUCUGUUGGCCGUGGGGAACCCAUGAAGAACUGGAACGAUAAACGGCGAGAGUGGCUGAAGCAACACCCAUCGUUCGCUGCCGGAGUGGAGGAUCGUAUCCUGCUAGUGACGGGUUCGCAGCCGUCGCCAUGCCGAAACCCGAUAGGUGACCACUUGCUGCUGAGGUUCUUCAAGAACAAGGUAGACUACUGCAGGAUACACGGGUACGACAUCUUCUACAACAACGCGCUUCUCCACCCGGAGAUGAGGUCCUUCUGGGCGAAGAUACCGGUGGUGAAGGCGGCGAUGUUGGCUCAUCCGGAGGCAGAGUGGAUAUGGUGGGUGGACUCGGACGCGGCGUUCACGGACAUGGACUUCAAGCUUCCGCUAGAAAGGUACAGAGAGUACAACCUGGUGGUCCAUGGAUGGGCCAACUUGAUAUACGAGACCAAGGAUCCGAGCUGGGUGGGCCUGAACGCUGGAGUGUUCCUUAUCAGGAACUGCCAAUGGUCGAUGGACAUGAUGGAGGAGUGGGCCUCCAUGGGCCCACAGACACCAGCCUACGAGGAGUGGGGCCAGAGGCUUAGGUCCACCUUCAAGGACAAACUGUUCCCGGAGUCGGACGACCAGUCGGGUCUGAUCUACCUAAUGCUGAAAGGGAAGAAGCGUUGGGCGGAGCGGAUCUACCUGGAGAGAGAGUACUACUUCGAGGGUUAUUGGGUGGAGAUCGUGGGGACACUGGAGCGCAUGGGAGAGCGGUACGAGGAGAUGGAGAGAAGAGUGGGGGUGUUGAGGAGGCGACAUGCUGAGAAGGUGAGCGAGCACUACGGGGAGGCGUACCUGGAGAGGCGACCCUUCAUCACGCACUUCACCGGGUGUCAACCCUGUAGUGGUGACCACAACCAGAUGUACUCAGGGGAGAGCUGCUGGCAGGGGAUGGAGAGGGCACUCAACUUCGCCGACAAUCAGGUGCUUCGCAGCUUUGGCUUCGUGCACACUCACCUGCUGAAUUCCUCUUCCGUGUCACCUCGGCCGUUUUGAUUUGAUGAUGAUACUCAGAUCAUCAUGCACGGGCAGGGGAAGGGAAAAUGAACCAUAUAAUACUACAACUGAACCACUAGUAGUUGUACACUUGUACUGUACUUAAAUCACUACACUUAAUUGAUGAUAUAGGUAUGGUGAUGAUGAUGAUACUCAGAUAAAUACAAUACAGGCAUGACAUGGCAUGGCAUGGCAUGGCAUUGCAUUCCCUCUAUAAUUGUGUUA